CACACACACACACACACACACACACACACACACUUCUUCAUUUACAUACUGCCAGCUGACAUGGACUAUGAGCCCAAGAAAAUUAAGAAGGGGUUUGUUUUACCAAUAAAGCGCCUGGUCUUCCCUAAGUUGGCACGGAGACAGGCAGACAGGGGCAGUGCAUAUCGCAGGCCUCUGCACACAGUGCCUCUUUACCCACCAGACUUUCUCAUCCAUCCUGAACGCCUCAUCUACGACUAUGUGGAAAAGGAAGUGAAGUUUCUGGGUCAUCUGACAUGGGUGUCUUGCUCCCUAAACCCCUCCAGCAGAGAUGAACUACUGCAGCUUCUGGACACCGCCAGGAAGCUGAAGGUCCUGCCUCUUCAGACAACCAUAGAGCAGGACUGCAUCCUUAGUCUCUCUGCACGCUGUCUGCUGCUCACCUGGAGAGAUAAUGAGAAACUCCUGUUGCGAAUCCCCACGCAUGAGAUAGCUGCUGCCUCCUACCUGCGAGAUGAUGCCCUGCACCUGCUGGUGCUCAAAACAGGUCUGAAUGUGGACACCAUUAUAGCUGGGGACAGCCUUGAAAAAAGGCCUACUGGUCUAGAAGGCCGCAGACAGACAAUGAGCAACGCUGACCCUCGUCCUGCAGGGGGAACCAUGGAGCGAAGGCAUACAAUCUGUGGUGUGGACUGGAAGCCGUUGUCUCGCCACGAGUCGAAGCAGAGCAGCACUGGUGUGGGUGGAGUAGGGCCUGCAGGUGGAGGAGGAGGAGGCGACAAAAGUGGAGGUGGCAGUCUAGAACGGAAACAGGUUGGUGGUAGUUGGGAGCGACGCCAAACCCGCAAGCCGUGCGGUGGAAGCUGGGAGAAGAGACCCAUGAGCGGGAGCUGGGAGAGACGGCUUGUAGGAGGCAGCUGGGAGCGCCGUGGUCCUGUGGGCAAAGGUGGAGGGGGUGUAGGAGGCAGUUGGGAAAAGAGACACGGAUCUGGUGGGAAAGCAGGAGGAAGCUGGGAGAGGAAGCACGGGCAGGGGGGCAGCUGGGAGCGCAGGCAAGCCUUCAUGGGAAGCUGGGAGAGAGGCAAAGCAUAUGGAAGUUGGGAAAGAAGGAACCACAAUCCACUGGAGCCCACACCAUGCCCUGAUGCUUACUGCAACCUGGUCGUGCUGGCUGUGGAGAACAGGGAUGCUGCAGAGGAAUACUGCGCUCUCAUUUGUCAGAUGUUUCAAAUCAUCUACGGACACCAGACCAUUGAGUGUGUGGACAGGGCAGGGUAUCACUACACCAUGCCUGACUGUUACUGGCUACAGAGAAGUGACAGCUGUCUGACAGACAUGACGUAUAGCUAUGACAUGGACUUCAGCUGCUGCAGCUCAUAUGAUGGUUCUCAGUAUGCCUUCGAACCAUACUACAGUGAGAACUACAGUGAGAAUUCAUCUCUUUCUUAUCAGGACUCGCACCACAGCCUGGCGUCCAUACACAGUGACUCGGAACCCAGUAAUGCAAGCCUGCAGCUAAUGCAAGAGUACAUGAUUACGCUACGCAAUAAGCUGUCCCCUCAGGAGAUCCAGCAGUUUGCUGUGUUGCUGAGGGAGUACCGCAUGGGCACUUCCAUAGACCAGUUCUGCUCGGACCUGCUCCAGCUAUAUGGAGACUCACGCAAGUUCCUCCUGCUCGGUAUGCGACCCUUCAUCCCCGACCAGGAUGUAGGAACUUUUGAGACGUUUCUGGAAAGCAUUGGCAUUCGGGAGGGCGGGAUACUGACGGAUAGUUUUGGGCGGAUCAAGCGGAGUAUGAGCAGCACGUCGGCCACGGCUGUGAGAGGCUACGAGGGAACGUAUGACUUCAACAGUAGGAUGAGUGACAUCACACAUGACAUUGAGGCUCUGGGAUUUGAAGAGGGACAUGGAGACAUCGAGGAAGAAGACUACUACCUCUGAUUAAUACCGGUUUUAUACAUUUAAAUUUAAGUCAUUGCUAAGGAGUUAUUUCCAUUUCCAUCAUGAUUUUAUGUACUUACUUAAGAUUCAUGUUAUACUGUAGACAAACUCUAGUCUUUUCAGAAGCUUCGCCCAACAGUCUGCCUUAGCACGCACCCUUGUUCAAAAAUGAGUAAUUUGAACGAAUACCUAAAUUCAUAUUACCUAAUACUGUACCUUAUACUGAUUACCUAAAGUCAUAAUAAGGUAAUAGGUUUACAAUUAUUACAAAUAUUUCAUUAUACAUUAAUACGAAUUACACUGCAAUGGAAAUGUGUAAUAACAACUAUAGGUUAUUACAUAGGCCAAAAUGUAUUAGUAAUCCCCUUGUGGUUAAUUGGCCCUAGUUAACUACUUAUCUCAUUUAUUAGGAAGCUACAUGCCAGAAGUCACAUACCAGUACAAACAUGCACACACCCCUGUGUGGGGGAUAGAAUAUGUGUAGGUUUUUUGUGUAAAUGUUUAUAUUUAGAAUAGCUGACAUUAAGGUAUGAUGGAGUAUUUUAGUUUGAUAAGGGCAUGUACCGAAAAAGAAAAAGAAUCUACAUACAUUGUAGUCCACUGAGCUCUGAGAGCAUGACUGAAUCUGAAAUAUUGUCCAAUUAAAACAAUUUUAUUCAAA